AUUCUUUUCCGGUCUCCAUUUUCCUCACACGAUCUCUCCCUCUCCCUCUCUCUCUCUCUCUCUCUCUCUCUCUCGCUCUCUCUCUCUCCUGUACUGAACUUUGUCGAUUACAAUAAAAAAAACCUGGACCAAGAUUCUUCUACCGCUCUUCCGCGUCAAGGCGGCGGCUUAGCCGAUGCCUUGAUGGGCCUUCUUUCCAAUCUCUGCUCUUGCCUCGAGAGAAGACUCAAAUCCGUCCGAGCUACUGCUUCUGACUGCGCCGAUGACGACUUUGAAACUUAUGACCUCUUCUUUGAUCUCCGAACGCUUCAAAUCGCUACCAAUUUCUUCUCCGACUUGAAUCUGCUUGGUCAUGGUGGAUUCGGUUCCGUCUACAGAGGAUUGACACCAAAUGGUCAAGAAGUUGCUGUGAAGAAGCUCUCAUUAAAUUCAAGGCAGGGUCUGAGAGAAUUCACUAAUGAGGUGAAAUUGUUGUUAAAAAUCCAGCACAAGAACUUGGUCACUUUGUUGGGAUGUUGUAUAGAGGGACCCGAGAAAAUGCUUGUUUAUGAAUAUCUGCCAAACAAAAGCCUUGAUUAUUUUCUGUUCGAUAAACGGAAAUCUUCAUCCCUUGAUUGGACAACUAGGUUUAGAAUAGUUACAGGAGUGGCAAGGGGUCUUCUCUACCUGCACGAAGAAGCCCCUGAAAGGAUCAUUCAUAGAGACAUCAAAGCUAGUAAUAUUUUGUUGGAUGAACAUUUGAAUCCAAAGAUUUCAGAUUUUGGCUUGGCAAGGCUUUUUCCCGGUGAAGACACCCAUUUGAACACAUUUAGGAUUUCUGGUACUCAUGGUUAUAUGGCCCCCGAAUACGCAUUGCAUGGAUAUUUGUCUGUGAAGUGUGAUGUUUUUAGCUAUGGAGUUUUGGUGUUGGAGAUUGUAAGUGGAAGAAAAAAUCAUGACAGCAGCCUUGGUAUUGAAAAGGCAGACAUCUUGAGCUAUACAUGGAUGCUCUAUCAAGGAGGAAAGACAUUAGAUUUAGUUGACCCAACUCUUGGUAAGUGCAAUCAUGACGAAGCAGCAAUGUGCAUUCAACUAGGAUUGUUAUGCUGUCAACAAAGCGUAUCAGAUAGGCCAGAUAUGAACUCAGUUCAUCUCAUGCUUUUGAGUGAUUCCUUUACUUUGCCUAGACCUGGUAAGCCUGGGAUCCAAGGCCGUCGAGGUCAUUGGACAACUACGAGCUCUUCUGCUUUCACUGAUACUAAUAAUAAUAACGAUACUGCUUUCACUAAUACUAAUACUAAGACCAAGACCGAUCCUAGCAGUGCAAGCGCAGGCAUUGCCAGAGUUUCUGGAGGGAAUAGUUUUGUUGAGGAAUGUUCUAGAAAUUCAAUGUCCAUUUCUUCCAUUGAUGAAGUAGCAAGCACCAUUGGAUAAUAUGGGGAUAUCUUUUUUUGGCCAAUAUGCAGAGAUGUUCAUUGAAGAGAAACUAGUAAGUCAUCUCUGCUAGAUGCUAAAAAAGUCAAAUUUAUCUUUGAAUUACAUAGUAAAAGCUAAAAACAUUUCGGUCAAAAUUAAUUCUUGAAUUAUCGUUAAAAGUGAAAUAAAAUUAUUAGUUGAUAAUAUUUUAAAGUGUCAGUUAUAUUUUAGUAAGUUUAUUUGGCCUAUUUUGGCAAUUCAUUUUCCAUGUCUCAAACUCUUUUCCAUAUAGUAGUUCUUCAAUUUAGUAUUACAUUAAUUAGGAGUUAGGGGUUAGGUUGAAUAGUAUUCGGUUCAAAUUGA